CUUUCCUGCUGAUGUGUGGUUAUGUAAUAGUGUGUUUUUCAGAGUGCUGCAAACGAAAGUGCAACCUAUAAAAAAGCACGUCUGACUGCACAAAGUCCUCGUUUGCAUCAAAAAUGAGCAAAGAAACCGUUCUGCUCGCAGCUCUGCUCGCUGUCCUGUGCGUGUGCGAUGCUGUCACGUUCGGGCAGCUCUGCAGUGGAAACCCGACCAACCGAAAGAGGUCGAGUGACAAAUGGGGUGCGGGACACUAUCAUGCCCCACGGGGGAACAGAUGGCAUAAAGGUGUGGAUAUUGUGUGCGAUGAUGGAUCGACUGUCUAUGCACCGUUUGACGUGACACUCAAUGGGAAAGUCACUGUUUACACCGACCCCAACAAGGCAGCUAUCAACAACGGCAUCAACCUCGAAGGAGAAGGUUUGUGUUUCAAGCUGUUCUAUGUUAAUCCUGACAAAACAUCUGGAACUCUGCAAAAGGGUGAGCGGAUCGGCACCAUGCUGCCGAUGCAGAGCGUUUACCCGGGAAUCACCUCCCACAUCCACGUCCAGAUGUGCGACAAGUCCGAUCCCACAUCCUACUUGUAACAGAGUCAUUAAUGUGACACGUCUGUAGCCAGCAAAAACAACUGCUGUUUGUUUGUCUGGAUGAUUCAUAAGAUGUAAUGCUCCUCUGUGAUCUCUUCAUUCAACAAAAAUAAAAUUUAAAUCAUUUCUGACCUAUUUUUGAAGUUAUCUGAACCAUGCUAAUGCUAAUUAAGGCUAAUAUGACAACACAUUGUUUGUUUGUUUUGGAUGCUUUAUAAGAAAAUGUAAUGCUCCGCUGUGUUCUGUUCAUUCAACAAAAAUCAAAUUUAAAUAAUUUCUGACCUGUUUUUGAAGUUAUCUGAACCACGCUAUUGCUAAUUACAGCUAAUAUGAUAACACAUUGUUUGUUUGGAUGCUUAAUAAGAAAAUAUAAUUCUCCUUUGUGAUCUUUUCAUUCAAGAAAAGUAAAAUAAUAUUUCUAGCA